UUUUUGAUGGAGGAGCUACAGGGGACGUAGGGGAGGAAACCUGCGUCGAGUUCAUUUCACACUGCCAAGAAACUUCACUGUUCAAAGUGAAGACUCCUGCAACAUGGACGGCUUUUAUGACCAACAGGUCCCCUUUGUGGUCCCUGAGAGUAAAUGUCACACGGAAAAAGCAGAGAAAUGCCUCAGCGACAGGAAAAGGAAGUUUGUGGACACGGAGCUGGCUCAGGACACAGAGGAGCUUUUUCAAGAUCUGAGCCAGCUCCAGGAAAUCUGGAUCGCAGAAGCUCAGGUUCCUGAUGACGAGCAGUUUGUCCCUGAUUUCCAGUCCAAUAAUCUGAUGUUUCAUGGACCGCCUGUCAGCAAAGUGAAGCGAGAGCCUACGCCGUCCAAAGACCUGUCUCCCUGCAGAACGCCUCAAGCAGACAUGUGCCUUUAUAGUUACAGUGCCUGUGACAACAAGCCAGCCCUCACUCCAGCCUCCACACCCGCAGUACAGUGUGGUUCCUCCCAUCCGACUGGACCUCCGCCCUUACAGGGGCAGCUACAGCCAUCAAGCCCCCAGCUGUCCAACAGCUGCCCCCCGAGCCACGUUCCUGCCCUGAGCCCUUCCCACCAACACAACCUCCCACCCACCAGCCAAAACCAGCAGUUUGCUCUGCCACGUCCCCCCGUCAGCUGUCCCGGUGCAGCUUUCAGCAGGGAUCAAAGGUUUCAGCGGCAGAUGUCAGAGCCCUGCUUGUCCUUCCUCCCGCCAGAGAAAACGCUAAACACAUUAUACCCCCCCUCGAGCCGUGAUCGGCGCCCUCUGUACCAGCGCCACCUCUCAGAGCCCCUGGUUCCCCGCGGCCCCCAAGGUUUCAAACAGGAGCUGGUGGACCCGCGGUACCCAGACCCAGGGCUGUCAGGUCCAAGUCUGGGCCAGCCCCAGACUACCUUCAACCGUGUCACGAUAAAACAAGAGCCAAGAGACUUCGGCUUUGACUCAGAGGUUCAAACCUGCCAGUCGUCAUCAUUUGGGAAAUCUCCGGUCUUGUACCAGAACAACAAUAUCGGAUUUGGUCACGACAGGGAGCCACAUUUGUACUACGACGACACUUGUGUUGUACCAGAAAGGCUGGAAGCAGGGAAAGUGAAGCAGGAGGGUUUGCCGUACCAGCGCCGCGGCUCCCUGCAGCUCUGGCAGUUUCUGCUCACGCUGCUUGACAACCCAGCUAACGGACAUCUGAUUGUGUGGACGGGACGCAACAUGGAGUUUAAACUGAUUGAUCCCGAAGAGGUGGCUCGACUCUGGGGGAUUCAGAAGAAUCGACCGGCCAUGAACUACGACAAGCUGAGCCGCUCACUGAGAUACUACUACGAGAAGGGCAUCAUGCAGAAGGUAAAGGUGGCCGGGGAAAGGUACGUCUACAAGUUUGUAUGCAACUCCGAGGCGCUUUUCUCCAUGGCUUUCCCAGACAACCAGAGGCCGAGCCUGAAAGCUGACCCAGACGCCGUCCCACCUCCCAGCGAGGAGGACGGCCUCCCCCUGCCCAGCUAUGAUGAGGAGGGUCCCUACCUGGGUGAUGGAGGUGAGCAGGGCACCAAUGGACUGGCUUUCCCGGACAGCUACCCAUACUAAACUCAAUAAAGCUGGAGGGAAGAUGAGAUAUUAUAAACAGGAGGACCCUGAAAUUACUGAGCAGUGUUUGUGAUUUUUCAAAAUGUACACCUACAUUAUGAAAGUCACAGAAAAGAUGAACUUAACAGAUCAUUUUUAUUGAAAGUGUCUGUUUUGCCAAAAGUUUUGUUUGCAAAAUGAGAGAUCAGAGAAUCUCUGGGACUGUUUAUUUAAAAAUACUCCCAUUGCAAAAAUGAAAAUCUGUGUACAGAUCUACUGUAGUUCAGAUUUGGCUUUAUUUGUUUUUUUUUUAUGACAUAACAGUUGUAAUAUUAUGAGAAAAAAAACUAAUUUGUGAAUUUACAAGAAAACGUGUUAUUCAGAAAAGUCAUUGUUAUACAGUAUAUUUUGAGAUAAAGUUGUAAUCUCACAGGGAAACUGUCAUGAUAUUAUACGAAAAGUCAAAAUAUUUCAAGAUAAAGUGGAAUUUUAGGAGAAAACUAAUAUAACAUGAAUAAAGUUCAAAUUUGGCACAGAAGCUAACAGACUGCUGUUACGACUUUGUUGUAGAAAUGAACGUUUUGUUUCAAUAUAACAUUUUCUCUUGUAGAAACAACUUUAUUCUUGGAAAAUUACAACUUUUGUCUCAUACUCAAAUAUAUGAAAACCUUUUCUCCAAAUUAUGGCUUUUAUGCUCUUAUUAAUUAUGACUGGUCUCUCAAAAUAUUCCAGUUUAUUCCUUAAAAUCUUUUUUUUGUUUGGUCCUUAAAUUAGGGUAAUUUUGUAGCAUGGCCGUCGCUGUAGUCCUUGCAUAUGUGAACUCUGGGAUCUUUAUUUCAACCAAAAAGUAUCUAGAAGCCAUGGCACUCCUUCACUAAUUGACCAAUCAAAGUUUUAUGGGUGAACCUUAUACUUCUUGAAAGGGACACAAGUUUUGGUCCUCCUAUAAACAUGUAUAUUGAUGGAAAUGUCUUUUGUGAAUGUUUUCUUGUUUUCAAAGCUAAUAUUUUUGGCAUUAUAUGGACUUGUAAGUUUUUCCUAUAACUGUUUUAUGACAAAGGUACUGCUACUAUUUUUGAUUCUGUAAUACUGCCACUCUGAUGCUAAUAUUAAGCAUGGACUUUCUUACAAACGGCCCACCAGUUAUUGUGCCGAGAUAGUUUUCUGCAUUUUUGUAUAGUUGAUUUGCUUCAAUGUGUAGAAAAGGUGUAUAAUUAUAUAUGAAUAUAUUUUUGCUAAAGGCUCUGUUUGCUUGACAUUGUACUAUGAGCUGCAGAGUUUAGCUUGCUAAUGUGUUGCAUCAAUUUCAGCCUCUCCAAGCUGGAAUGCCUUGUACCCUUUGAGUCCUGCAGAUAGAAACUGGACGUAAUGAUGUAUCUUGCUGUAUGAUCACAUGGUGGUAUGAAUGGGGGAGGUUGUGUAUGAUGAAAGCUGGAGAAAGAUACUGACACUGGUGUGAGUCUACCCUCAGAUACUGUAUGUGUGCCUUAUGUUGAUCUUUACUGAUACAAUAAACUAUUUUACUCUUU